AUGUCUUCUAGCAGAGAUCCUAUCACCGCAGCCUACCAUCCAGAGCUUGCAAAAAUCAUCAACAAUGACCCCACAGCUAUUGAGCGCCUAGAGAUCGAAUGUGGCAUGUGUCAAGACAAGAUGAGUAACCCAGAGGACAAGACCUUCAGUGCCAUCAUUUUCCCCUGCGGCCAUAUGUUCUGUCCACCUUGUGUCAAAGAGUACAGGGAGUACAACCGAUCUAAUGGCGUCUCUUACAAAUGCCCUGUCUGUCGCUUUGAGCUUAAAGGCAGAGUAUGUGGGUGCCCGGACAAGGAGACGUUAUUCGAUCCCACUCAGCAUCAAGACGAGGGCCUUUUGGAUAAAUUGAAGGAUGAACUCUCCAAAGAGAAGGGUGCUUGCGCCUUCUGUCAAUUGUCUAUCUUGGCCAAUGGAUUGAGAAGUAUCGCUCUCUACAUACAUGAUCCCGCACCGUUGAUCAAAGACGGACAUAUGUUGCGAGUUAGAGCUGUGAAACGCGACGACUGGGAUGUUCGAAUCGAAUCUGACUGCUCUGAAGAGAUCAAACUGUUGCCAAUAUCGCCAGAGCUUAUGGAAUUCUUUAGAAUUGCGGGAGACAGCCUCGCCGAGGCAUGGGAUGGGCCUCGUGCUCCAGAGGAUGACACCUCCCCCUUUGACUUUCAACUUGCUCUUUGCAAGUCCUAUCCCGAGGACCACGAUCUCUUGCGGCAUCGAAGAGGCCAGCUGGAGUUUUUUUCCGUAGCGAAGUGGCACACACGUGACAUCACUCAUCCUGGUAGACUUGCCCAUGCUCGUAGGGAUGCACUCGAGCUAGCCGAGGCGUUCACCGGUGUUAAGGCUUUCAAGAAGUAUAAAGAAAGUGCCGCACUCCAAGACUGGUUGAUGGGAAUCAUUUUUGAUAAUAUAGAUCUUGAAGCGGAGGAGAUGCAGUCGGCAUUUCAAAGGUUUAGGGUCGAGCAUCCUAGACUCUACGCCUUGGCUGGUCUCCCACUUGUUGGUGGGGUUGUGCUUCGUGGUUACCGAUUCAGUUCUGAUAUUGCUAGGCUCGUUCGGAGAGGUAGGGAAGAUGCGGAGGGAAGGGUUGAGGAGUAG